AUGGAUCAGUUUGCUGGGAAAGAAAUAAAGUUUGUAAGUGAUUGGCUGAAGGAAAACAACCUGGAGAAGUUGGUGGAUAUUUUUGAAGGUAUUUAUUUUCAUGCAUUUCAAUAAAAUAUUCAAUCAUUUUAUGAAUAUGUAAAUAAUUAUGUAGAUCGAUUCAAGUCACAAAGACGGUCACAAAGUCCUUCAAGACAAUCGUCUUGAGUGAGUUGAGGAAUGUGUCUUCGAGGCAAAAUCUUGUAUUCUUUUCGAGUAGCCCUAUUUGCAGUUUUAAUAUAUCAUUUUACAGUAAUUUUAUCCAAAUAUACUGGGCAGUUUUUUACAAUUAUUAUUUAUAUUAAUAUGAAACUCUGUCUGAUAAGCCUGGCAGCCAGGCAAUACUUUCAAAAUACUGCUGAAUACUACAUAUUUGACCUCAAAUUUGGCAAUCCAGCAACAUUUUGGCCAUUCCAUUUAUAAAUGUCGACACCCCCCUAUGGACGAAUUUUUCUGAAGGGUGAGACCAAAGUCAAUUCUGAGGGGUUAAGCCUGUCGGCAUCUUUUGAUCUCUGCGAUAUUUCUGAGGGGUAAGGGGAAAAUUUACAAAUUUCUGAGGGGGGUUUUGUGUCAGCACUUUGAUCUUUUUUUCAUAGGGGUUAAAGUUUUACUGACCUCGCCCAUAGAGGCAUGUGGAUAUUAAAUGGAAUGGCCCUUUAUUUGGUGCAUUUUUAUUAUUAAUAAGUUAGGAUGGUUGAAAUAUAUUAUGACAUAUUAUUUCUAUGAUGGUUGAAAUAUAUUAUGGUUUGAAAACCUAAACAGCCAUUCUCUGCCAUUAAAACAGCCGCCAAGCAGGUUUGGGGCAUGCAAUGGAUUGUGGUUGACAAUGACUCUAACCAAUUUGCCAACAAAUAAUACCUUCUAUAUGUUUACAUGCCUGUAUGUGACUACAAUCAAAUGCCUGUGACAUGUUGUACUAAAAUUUGUGACCUGGCUCUGGCUGUCUGCAUUUAAUAUAAUUUAUUUGUUUAAGGUUCAAAAUCUUUAUAUACUCUAGAAGUAGGAAAAUGAGUAAAGUUGCCACAACUUCAUUGAAAAAGACAAUUGUUUUCAUAAAAAAGUUUAAAAAAAGCUGACUUGCCAGCAGACUGUACCAAAACAUGUCAGGGUUAUAGUCAACCUGCAAUGUGGCUUUUUAUAUAGGCAUACAUAAAAUACUUCCAUUAUAUUAGUUGACCUGCAUCUAAGGACUUAUAUUCAUUUAUGCAAUGUUCUCUUGUCAAAUUUGAAGAUCAUCUGAUUGGUUAUGUUAGUGAAUAUAUUCUAAAGCGACCUAUAAAGCAAAUUAUGUAUGCAGAUUAUGAUAUGGACAAAAAUCAAUUUGCUUGCCUCUGCGAAUUUCAUUCCCAGACUGGUAUUAUAGGUGCACAGAAAGCGAGUACCUUUCAUAACUAUAUAUAGUAAAUACAGUAUAUGAUAAAUCGAAACAUAGUGUUUUGUCUAAAUUGUGUUUGCCAUGCAUUUUCGGUACGCAUGGUUGUUUAUGCAUUCAAAUGCACAAUCUGACACUGGGUGUUACUAAGUGUUAUACAUGAGAAAAAACAACUUUACAUGCAUAUGUAUUGAAGAGUUAUACCUACAUUGGUAUAGCCUGUCAUGCAUAGUUGUAUGAGUAACUACAUAACAGUAAAUUGUGUGCAUUUGCCACUAACCAACAUAACUGAAACACAACUGUGUUUCCUUUUAGUGUUCCCAAUUGUUAGCCAUGGUCAUCCAUUGCUCAGGGAUAGCUUCUAGGCCAUUGAACUAAGCGGAUUUAUCUCCAUCUCUAUAUUGUGGUUGGACUAGCCAUAAACAAUGCACUAAUAUAGCAAUCUCCAGAUACAUUCGUAGCCUUUCGAUAUCUGAGAAGAGCGUGGGGAACCCAUCUUCUUGAAUCUUGCCACAAGAAAUAUUUCCAUAUACAAAUACUGUAUAACUAUUUACUAUGAUCGACAUGCAUAUAUCGACAGUCAAUUUAUUCAGGAUUUAGUCCUGUUCAGUCACAACCAAUAACAACCAAGUAUUUUGCCUAGAAGCAUGCAAAUUCACAAGCGGCAACCAGCAAGUAGGAAUCAACGAUUUUGCUUAUGCUUACGUCUCAAUGAUGAUAUUAAUGAGGCUAUAAGUCCGCUUUCCUCCUUAGAUGCAGGUCAACUAUCAAGUUUUAAUACCUAAGUACAUAAUUACUGUAUGUGGCACUGUCAGUAGUUGCCAUAGGUUUUCAAAAUCUUUUUGGUUUACUGAAGUGGGUUAUUUUGCAAGCUCCACAAAUUAUAGGGCUUCUAUUGCAUAAAUUUGUUUUGUAAGAUCCUUCAAACUAAGAGAGAAAAUAACCCUUCCAAAUCUAUGUACUAGAACUAAAGACCAAGCUACAGUACUUGCCAAACACGAUAUAGUUAAUAAGCAGAAUACUUUUGCUUUUCCACAGAUAACAAAAUAGAUGGGGGUGCGUUUGCUCUGCUAACAAAUGAGGCAAUGAAUGCAAUGAUUCAAAAGCAAGGUCUUCUGCUGAAAUUUAAGCAGAAGUAUGGAAGAAUUGUUAACCAGAAUACCAUUCAUAGUGCUCUCACACAAAGUUCCAGUAGCUUGGAAGAUCCCCACGAGUCCUCUUCACAACCACUUAUUGCGUCAGGGAAACCAGGGAUUAGCCCAGAUGUUUUAAUGGAGCAAUCUAAAAUUUAUGGACGAUUCAAAGAUCAACAAAAAAUUUCAAGCUGGCAAAAAGUGGUGAAUGAUGCUGCCUUUUCGAUAGCAAGAGAAACACCUGACAAAUUGUAUGAUCGAGCUCAGCUCAAACUUAGUGCUGAAAAACUUGCACACAGUAGCUAUGUGUUCAAACAAAAAUCUGGGUCACAGUCACAAUUUGAAAGUCAGUAUGAUACACCCAAAAGAACAAAGAUUUCUGCAACAGAAAGAGAAAAGAAAAUUGAAACAUAUAUAUCGGAAAUAGAGUCCAUGAAUACGAAAAUUCGACAACAGAAAGAUCUAGACAAAGCAAAUUUUAGCAAGGACUUUAAUUUGUGUGCAAAAUUCAAUAGCGAUCAACGAAAAACAAUGAGGGAUUUGUGA